UGAUUGUAGUGCGAGGACGCAGUUGCGUCAGCGCCGUUUUGCAGACUAUAUUUACGUCUGAACUCCGUUGCUUUUCACACAUCGUCCACCAACAGCUUACGACAACUACCUACAUUCAGACAUCAUGAAAGCCUUUAUCGCUUUGUUGGCCGUCAUCGCUUGCGCCGUCGCCGGAGACGUUCGCGAUAAGCGCAGCUACCUCAGCAGCGGGUGGAGCGGUUCCAGUGGUGGAUGGAGUGGUUACGGCUCAUUAGGCAGCCACGGAAGCUAUGGCAACUACGGAGGGCUCAGUGGUUACGGGGGCUACAGCGGUCUGAGUGGAUACUCAGCCGGGCAUGUUGCGCCCGCCGCACGUCUCGUCACCGUAAACAAAGUUGUUAAUACCCACCGCGUAGUUAAUGUACCACAGGUUGUCAGCGUACCCAAAGUGGUAUCAGUGCCUCAAGUUGUCUCCGUUAACAAAGUGGUCGCUGCGCCAAGUCACUCCGUCAGCGGCUAUGGUUCUGGAUACAGUUCUGGAUACGGUUCUGGAUACGGAUCUGGAUACGGUUCAGGAUACGGAUCUGGAUACGGUUCAGGAUACGGAUCUGGGUAUGGUUCUAGCUACGGCUAUGGCUCUGGAUACUCCGGACAUGGUUCCAGCUACUCAAAUGGAUGGUGGUGAUCUAGUUUAAGUGUUCUGUAAUCUAUUUAGCUAUAUUUACUUUCUAUAUUUUGCUGUAUUGUUUGUUCUUUUGUUAUUAUACUUUUUUAAUAUA